GUGUUUGCUGCAAUUGGUAUUGGUAAAAAGAAAAUGGAAGGACGUAAUGACGACGAAGAAGGUGGAAGCAGCGCCAUAUUUUCUGAACUCAAACACUACUGCAUAGAACUACUGGAACUCCGCCUAAACCCUAAGAAAAACUCCUCCACUCUCUCUCAUCUGCUUCAACUUCUUCGCCUCUCCUCUCCUGUUUCUCUCCAGCCCUUCUUCGACUUCACAUUGUUACCAUUGCUGCUUCUACUGGACGCCGCUGUUGAUAGCAGAUCAUCACCCGGCAUUGAUUCUAACGUGACGCCACAUACAGUUAGUGAUAUCGUGAUGGAAGAUGCUCUUCAUUGUCUAGAGGAACUUCUGAAGAAGUGUUGUUUAGGGUCCGUGGAUCAGUUCAUUGAACUAACAAAGAAAUUGAGUCGCGGGGCGUCGCUUUCUCCUCUGGAGGCUUCAGAAGAGUUCCGUGAAGGAGUGAUAAGGUGUUUCAAAGAACUGUUGGUUAAUCUGCGUUGUUGUUCCAGUGAGUCCUGCUCAUGCAAACAAAUCAGUGGUUGGCCUUUGCUUCUGGAAAGAAAAAAUUUGCACUCUCCACCUGUCUCAAAACUUAAAUUCAAGGAUGAAGAGUGUUUAGUUGCAUUUCUACAGUCUGAAACUGCUUCAGUUGCUGUUGGAAAUUGGCUCUCACUUCUGCUGAAGGCAGCAGAUGCUGAGGCAGCACGGGGGCAGCAAGGCAGCGCAAGCCUUCGGAUAGAAGCUUUUUCCACUCUGAGAAUACUUGUUGCUAAGGUUCCUUAUUUCUCCUUUCCGAGCUGCUUUUCAUAUUAUUGGCUUUUCGAAUUCUCAGUUAUUCCUUCAUAGGUUCUGUUAGUUUACAGCAUGUAUAUAGUCCCACAUUGGUAGAAGAGUAGUAUGUCCUUGUAUAGUAUAGCUAUAAAUAAGGACCUCUUGUAUUGUAUUCUUCAUCUAAUAUCAAUAACAUA